AUGUCACGUAACCAGCUAUGGCUAUUGUUGUUACUUGUGCUGUUAUCUUGUAUAGCAGACAGUGUAUCAACAAUGAAUCAGCAAAAAGAUCGGUCGAUCAAAUCUGCAGUCUUCCUCUCUCCUCCUUUCUUUCUACAUCCUGGGUCUGUGGCCAAUAAAUUUUACUUUAACAUCCCGUUUCCGAAAGGCCAUAUCGCUCUCAAGAGCUUUGAUGCUGAGGUGAUUGAUGAGAAUGGCAUUCCUGUCCCCCUUCAUGAAACUUAUCUUCAUCACUGGGUCAUAGAAAGAUACUAUGGUAGAAAGGAAAGCCUUGCUGAUGGAAAUUCAGAGUUGAAAGCAUUCAACCAUUCCAAUUUCAUAUGGAUGAGAAAUGCUGGAAUCUGUAAGGGUACUCUGGGGCAGUACUAUGGUCUUGGUUCAGAAACCCGCAGAACUUCCACAUGGGUCCCCGAUCCCUAUGGCAUAGAAGUUGGGAACCCUGAGAAAAUUCCGGAUGGUUACAAGGAGAAAUGGCUAUUAAAUGUCCAUGCAAUCGAUACACGAGGUGUGGAGGAUCGUUUGGGGUGCACAGAGUGCAAGUGCAGUCUGUACAAUGUGACCAUGGAUGAGUUUGGUCGGGCUCUGCCGAAAGAUUAUGAUGGAGGAUUGCAUUGUUGCUAUGACCAGACACAAUGUCAAGUAAGGGCAGGCAUUCAAAAUGUCUCCAGGAUUCUGUAUCUUAAAUACACAGUCAAGUGGCUCAACUGGGUUGAAAACAUUAUACCUGUCAAGAUCUAUAUCUUCGAUGUAACUUAUUCAGGAGAACAUUCAGUUGAUCCAAGUAAAGAAAAUCCUUUGAAUCUGAGUUGUAAGGUGGAGUACGAAAUCAAGUCUUGCAAAGAUAAUGGUGGAUGCGUGGAUACUAAAAGAACACAGUUGGUUAUUCCCACAGGGGGUGAUAUUGUGUAUGGUGUUGCACACCAGCACUCAGCCGGUCUAGGUGCUACUCUCUAUGGUCAGGACGGGCGGGUCUUGUGCACUUCUAAUCCGACAUAUGGAGAUGGGGAAGAAGCAGGGAACGAAGCUGGCUACAUCGUGGGGAUGUCUACUUGUUACCCUAAGCCAGGUUCAGUCCAAGUCAUGGAUGGAGAGAUGUUGACUCUGGAGUCCAAUUACAGCAGCAACCAAGCCCAUACAGGAGUGAUGGGGCUUUUCUACGUAUUGGUAGCUGAAGCUGUACCAAAGAGCAAGACCAUGCUAUUUCUCAGCUUUCCUGGUUCUUUGGAUCUGGGGCUCACAAAGCACACUUGGUCCUUCGUCCUCGCCGGUGGUAUGCUAACAGCCAUCUUCGGAAUCAGCUACUUGUGUAAAAGAGGCCGCAGGAAACCAUAUCAACCUCUGGUGCUGACUUAGUGCAAUAGUGGUCAAAAUACUGCUUUCCAACUCGCUUAUUACUUUACUGUACAUGGAACUCUCUCCACAGUACGUGUCUUAGCUCUGGUAGAAAUGAGACAAUGUUCUUUUGUGGUUGUAGAAGAAACAAUGGUUGGAAUAUCUUGUACACAGAUUGAAGAUGAGCUCUGAUAAGAGCAAAUGACACUGCGAGCCUUCUGCUCUGUUCUGUGACAUGAACUGAUCCCAAAACUGAAAGAGCUCAUCUCUGUAUCUCUGUUUGUGUUUUAAACUGAGCGAGAAGACUUCAGUGGAGAUUGAUGUCCACUAACCACGCAAACACCAUGACUGCAGCCAUUCUCCUCCUCUAUGUCGAUCUACUGAAUU